UCUAUUGGCUCUAAGUUUCGUGUGCACACCAAGUGUUCGAUGAAAUGUCUUACCGAAAUUUCGUCCUGAUUCGUUUACCUCACUAGUUGCCCGAGAGCCUUCUUACCGUCAUCUCUCUGAUUGGCGUUUAGGGUUUUUCGAAACCUUCAAUCUUUUUUUCUCUCCUAGCUCUGAUUUCGUGGGAUUUUAAAGAAUCGUUGCAUUGCGGUUUGCUAAAGCCUGAAGAUGAACUCUACUGUUUGGUGGGAAGGAGCUGAGAAGACACGAGUUCUCAUUGCCCCAGAUUCAGGUUGUGGCGGAAACGAACCCGGAGAACUGUUAACACUUUGCCAUCCAAAAUCAGAAAAUGGAACAUGCUACCUUUUUAAUAAUGGGAUGCUUCAAGAGAUUCAAUGGUUUAAGCAGUCAUAUGGUUCUUGGUUCCUGGGAGACUAUAUUUCUCAAGAUGGAAGCUUAUAUAUGGCCACUCCAGUUGAUCCUGUUUUCAUCUUGUUGCCUAUUUUCGACAAAGCAAGAAUGAAGAAAGGUGAAGAUCCUGGAAAGUUCAGGCAACUGGAUGAGAUUUUAUAUGUGGAAGGAUAUUCUGGAUAUCAACAUUUAUUGGCACUUGCAGAGAAGUGUAUGGAAAUCGUUUGUCAAACUCAAGAGGUUGGAUCUAUGAAGUUCUAUCGGCUUGACAACUCGAAAGUCUUAGCUUGGUUGAGUUUUAAGGUCUGCUGUUUAAAGAAGACUCUACCGGAAUUAGACAAGAACUAUGCAGCUCAAGAUGAGCAACAAACAUUGGUAGAUGCCGUUUCGAUUGUGGGAGAGUACUUGAAGACAGAGCCUUGGUUGAAGCUUCUCUAUGAUCAUCUUGGGCUCGAGUUUGUUGAUCCGACAAUGAAAGAAACCAAUGUGGAGAGUCUUCUAACUGUAGAUGAGAAUAACAUGGCUUCCUCAAAUUCAUUUCAGGAGAAAGCAAAUAAAAAGCCAGGAAAACCGACAAAGCAAGCAAAGUUAGAGACUGGAUCAAAGAACAUAAGGGAUAUGUUUUCAAGGGCUUGUAAGAAAAAAUGCUAAACGAUAUCGGAUAUGUUUCCAACUAUUUAUGAUUGUUUUUCCGGCUAUCAGCUAUUUGCUUAGCUAGCAAAUUAUGAACAAAGACCAA